AGCAAGAGGGAGAGCAGGAGGGAAGGGAGAAGGAAGCCAGUAACAGGGAGGUCUAGGAAGGUGGUGGAGGGGGAGGGACGGGGCCACUCCUCUGUCGGUGGGACUGCAGAUUAUUUUGCAUGGAUUGUUGAAGAGAAAAGGGAGCUGCAUUUGUGAAGGGACCAAAAAAUAAACAGCUCAUUGCUCGGGCAGGGAUCGGGCAUCUGUCGGAAGCACCUGGCUGCACCUAGUGCAAUAGGUGCAGGGAUGCUGCGUGCUCUGUGACAGCGGGGGAUGCGCCAGGAGAAGAGGUAGUCCCGAGGCAGAGCUGAGCGCAGGGAGGGAGAACAAGCGGAAUAUGAGCGAGAACAGCCACAUCCCAUGCUCGGCCGCAGGCUGCCAAGAACCGCAUUUCUCGGGCUCACAGCCGGCCACGCUGGCCUGCGGCGACGGCGACGAGCAGCUCAGCCAGGCUCCGGAGCCUGCCAGCGGGAGAGCCAGCCCCCGGCAGGACGCUCGGCCCUCCCCGGCAGCGGAGGGGGAGCGCGGGGGCCCGGGGAACGGAGAUCUGGGAGCGGCGGCGGAGCCGGGCGAGAGGCCGGGAGCGGGGACGGACGGCAGCCGUGCGAGCGGCCCGGAGCAGGGCCCGGCAGCGAACGGCGGGGAGGCAGAGCUGGCCACCGGGCAGGAGGAGGGGGGCGAGCCCGGCGGGGGCAGCGCGGAUCCCGGAGAGAGGGGCUCCCCCGGCCAGGACAGACCCAGUGAAGCCCUCAGCGAGGAGCGGCGCCGCAGCAGCCUGGGCUCCUCAGAAGCUCUGGGUGCCGAGGAGCCCGAGGAGCCGUUUGGGUUUGCUUCUGGAGAUGCCAAGCUGAGCUUCAGUGACGAUGACAAGGAACAUUUUCAAUUCAAAGACAUCAGGGAUGGGUUCAGCUCGACCUUUGAGAAGAUUGUUGAGUCUGACCUUAUGAAGGGUACAUACUACAGCAGCUUGGAUUCGUUGGAUGUCCUCUCUCUCACAGAUGAGACAGACAGCUGUGUCAGUUUUGAGGCCCCACUCACCCCAUUGAUCCAGCAAAGAGUCAAGGAAAGCCCAGAGCUCUUGGAGCAGAAACUGGUAGCCCAGCAGAGAGAAGUCCUUCAUCACAUGGCUGCUGAUAAGCAAGAACAGGCAGCAGCAAAGCCAGUGGAGGGAGAUUUUGGGAGCCCUCUCAGGCACUCAAUUACCAGCAGCAGGUCGGAGAACGUGCUCAGUCGGUUGUCCUUGAAGAGUAUCCCAAAUGGGUUCCACGUAGAAGGGUCGGAGGAAGACACCACCAAGAUCAUUAACUCCAUCAGUGACGCCAGCUUGAAAGACGUGCUGUCAGACUCUGACUCUGACAUGGGCAGCAUGGAGCAGCUUGACCAGGGCAGCACAGACACGUUAGCAAACGGCUGCAGGGUGGAUAGCGAGGCUGCCAAGAGGCUGGCCAAGCGCCUCUACAACCUCGAAGGGUUCAAGCGCUGCGAUGUGGCACGCCAGCUUGGGAAAAAUAACGAAUUUAGCAAGUUGGUAGCAGAGGAGUAUCUCAGCUUCUUUGACUUCACUGGCCUGACCCUUGACAAAGCACUCAGGACAUUCUUGAAAGCGUUCCCGCUGAUGGGAGAGACACAGGAGCGGGAACGGGUGCUGAUUCAUUUCUCCCGGCGGUAUUGCCAGUGCAACCCAGAGGAGAGCACGUCUGAAGAUGGGAUUCACACGCUCACCUGUGCCCUGAUGCUGCUAAACACAGACCUUCACGGCCAUAAUAUUGGCAAGAAGAUGUCAUGUCAACAGUUCAUAGCAAACCUGGAUGGGCUGAAUGAUGGGAAGGACUUUUCAAAGGAUUUGCUGAAGACACUAUAUAACUCCAUCAAGAAUGAGAAGCUGGAGUGGGCCAUUGAUGAGGACGAGUUGAGGAAAUCACUCUCGGAGCUGGUAGAUGACAAAUUUGGAGCCAGUGCGAAGAAAGUGACAAGGAUUGUUGACAGCAGCAACCCCUUCCUGGACAUCCCCCAGGCACUGAAUGCAGUCACCUACAAGCACGGUGUCCUCACGCGUAAAACCCAUGCAGACAUGGACGGGAAGAGAACUCCCAGAGGAAGAAGAGGUUGGAAGAAAUUUUACGCUGUGCUUAAAGGAACUGUCCUUUAUUUACAAAAGGAUGAAUAUAAACCUGACAAAGACCUCUCUGAAGUGGAUUUGAAAAACGCCAUCCGUGUGCACCACGCCUUAGCCACAAAAGCCUCUGAUUACAGCAAGAAGUCCAACGUGCUCAAACUGAAGACAGCUGACUGGAGAGUCUUCCUCUUCCAGGCCCCAAGUAAGGAAGAAAUGCUCUCCUGGAUCCUGCGAAUCAACCUUGUUGCUGCCAUUUUCUCUGCCCCAGCCUUCCCAGCUGCCAUCUGCUCCAUGAAGAAAUUCUGCCGCCCACUCCUGCCUUCAUCCAUGACCAAGCUGUGCCAGGAGGAACAGCUGAGGUCUCAUGAAAAUAAAAUGAAGCAGAUUGCAGACGAAUUAGCAGAGCAUAAAUUACAUCCUGUAGAGAAGAGCCUCAAGUCAAAAGAGGCUGAGGAAUACAGACUCAAAGAACAUUACCUAAUAUUUGAGAAGAGUCGCUAUGAGACAUAUAUCAACCUGCUGUGCAUGAAGAUAAAAGUUGGGACAGAUGACCUGGAGAGAAUUGAAACCAGUUUCUUCAAGGUGGAAGCUGAUGACAUUGCUUUGCGGAAGACACAUUCAAGCCCAUCUUUGAGCCAAGGUCACAUGUCCAUCAGCUGUAAGGCAGAAAAGGACAUUUUAGAACAGAACACUUAACAAGGAAUAUGUGCACAGGGGGGAUGAACCGGCAACACUUUACGCUCCUGGACUAAACCGAUGAGCACAAUUUUACCUAGGAAAUUACAGGAGCAAAACUAUAGACAUGUAUCACAUGGUGAUUGCUCUAGUGGAAGAAAUCAAAGAAGCUUUAGUUGACACUCUCUGGCAAUGCUCUGGCAUUUCAGCAUCAUAGACACACCAUCUCCCAUCCCCAACGGCACCAGUGGCUUUUCUUUCCUUCCUACCACAGCCUGCACAACAAAGGGAUGUGCUGGUUCUCCAAGGGCCAGGUUGCUCUUUUCUCCACCAGCCCUCUCUCUUCUCCUCCUUCUCUCCUGGAGUCCCCACAGGUUCACAUCCGCAGCUCCCAGCAGUGUCUGUGGCACCACCAGUGCUCCCAGAGACGGCACAGAGUGGCAGGGAGCACGUCCCUCCCCAGAGAGGAGCACCAUUCAGCACAUCACGAUAGGAUGGGCUAUCAUGAGCUAGUCACUGACCAAGGGAGAGGCGUCGUCAGCAUGGCAUAUGGGAACAUCAUCUGCCCAUGGCAGGAGAGGCCUGAAAUGCCCUCUGUCACCUUAUCCUUUUUUUAUAUAUAUAUAUAUACACACAUAUAAAUAUAUAAAUAAAUAUAUAUAUAAGGAAACCUUAAUGUGGGUUUUUAACCUCAGUGUGCAAGUGAAGGCAAGCUGCCUGGGGAAGACACUAGGGACCAUGGAGGGUCUGACCAGCCCACCAAGAUAUUUUAAAAAAU